GCACCAUGGUUGGGUCCUUCAAGUUCGCGGGCUUGGGCUGGGACGUGUCGCUGCCGAUCUACGCGCCCUCCACGACGACGGCGGCGCCGCCCACGACGGCAGCGGCGCCCGCGCAAGAAGGCGGCGGAGGACGACGCAGGCGCCCGCCCGAGGCACCCGAACCGCCCCCAGCGCCAGCGCCGCCGCCGGCCCCGUCGGCCGCGCCGCCGGCGCAGCUGGCGGCCCAGGACGAAGGGGCCAUCGCCGAGGUCGUCGCGAUGGGCGUGCAGGAGGAGGGCGGGGGCGACGCAGAGGUGCUCAGCGUCGUGGCGUCGGACCAGAGCACCGGGCAGGCGUGGUAUGUGGACAGGGGCGCCGAGGCGGUGGACGGCUUCGGCCACGGCGCCGGCGUCCCGGCGGGCCUGCUGCUGGGCAUCCUCGUGCCCUCGCUGUGCCUGGCGUUCUCGCUCUGCCACGUCUGCAGGUACGGCGCGUGCCGCCGCCGCCGCCCCGGGGUACGCCGCGCCUCGCCACGGAGCGACCAGAGGUACGCCGAGAGGUGGGCAGCCGCGUCCUCGGGACCCUCUUGGGCGGCGGGCGGGCGGGCCGAGAGGUGUGCCGCACGGGCAGGCGCCGACCCCGACGGCUCCUCGUCGGACGCGAGCUCCGCGCAGGGGGACGCCGACUCCUCAUGGGCGGCCUGGCUGAUGGGCGCCAAGAGCCCCUCCAAGAUCUCGACGGCCUCAUCUCCUUCGACGCGCACCCAGUGCUCCCGCAACUCGGCGGGCUCGCUGGACACCGAGGGCUCCUGGGACGGCAGCUACCCCUGCCAGCCGGAGGAGCCCUUCCGCGCGCAGCGGGCGCCGCCCGCAACCAAGCGGGAGUGGAAGGUGUACCCCGAGGUCCAGGUGGAGCCAGACCUGGAGAGCGGAGGCGGCCUCCGGGCCACGAAGCAUUGCUGGCGGCACCCCGGACGCAGGGCGACCGCCCAGCCGGCGCCGCCGGCCUGGGCGCAGGGCGCGAGCGCCGGCGCCGCUGGCGGCCAAAGGCAUCAGCGGGCCAAGUCGGUGCCCGCGCCGGCGGCCCAACCGGCGAGCCUGGACGCCGCCGCCGGCCAGCGGCCAGAGGCA